UUCCAUCUAUGCUCUUCGUGGGCUUUCAAGCAUUAGGGGAAGGCCUGCCAAACUGUUUCAGGAGGCGCAUCCCAUUUGGGGCCCCACUGUAGCAAAGCUGGUGAGGAGGCUGCCGCUUUGUGGUCUGCAGCCAGUCCCUCGGGAGAUGGCCCCGGGGGCCCUGCUGCUGCUGUUGCUGCUCUGUCUUGGGAGUCUCCCGCCCCGCGCCGCUGGCUGCCCAGUCGACUGCCACUGCUACAGCACCACGGUGGAGUGUGGGGCCCUGCAGCUGCCUGUCGUCCCACCAGGAAUUCCGCCAGGGACACAGACGCUGUUCCUGCAGGACAACAGCAUUAUGCGCCUGGAGCCAGGCAUCCUGGUGACCCUUGCCGCCCUUCGAUGUCUCUACCUGCACAAUAACAGUCUUCAUGCCCUGGAGCCAGGCACCUUUCACGCACAGUCACGCCUGCUGGAGCUCGCACUCACAGGCAACCGGCUUCGAGGCCUGCAUCUUGGCGCUUUUGCAGGCCUGGCCCAGCUGCGCAUACUCUACUUGGCUGGUAACCAGCUCGUGCAGCUGUUGGAUUUCACCUUCCUGCAUCUGCCGCGACUACAGGAGCUGCACUUGCAGGAAAACAGCAUUGAGCUGCUGGAGGACCAGGCCCUGGCUGGGCUCUCCUCACUGGCAUUGCUGGACCUCAGUAGGAACCAGCUGAGCACCAUCAGCCAUGAGACCCUGCAGCCCCUGGCCAGCUUGCAGGUCCUGCGCCUCACAGAGAACCCAUGGCGCUGUGACUGUGCCCUGCACUGGCUGAGAGCUUGGAUCAAGGAGGGAGGGCAGAGGCUGCUCAGCUCCAGGGACAAGAAGAUCAUGUGUGCAGAGCCCCCACGCCUGGCACUCCAGAGUCUCCUGGACAUAUCCGGCAGUAGCCUCAUCUGCAUCCCGCCUUCCGUGCACAUUGAGCCGCUGGAGGUGACAGCCAACCUGGGUGAGGACCUGCGCGUUGCCUGCCAGGCUUCUGGCUACCCGCAGCCUCUGGUAACCUGGAGAAAGGUGGCCCAGCCUCGUGAGGGACAACCGCGGGUCCAGGCGCAGCCAGAAGGCGGAGUGCCAGGCUCAGGCUGGCACGGGGCCUCUGCCACGGGCAGCGGCAUGCUCUUCCUCACCAACAUCACCCUGGCCCACGCCGGCAAGUAUGAGUGCGAGGCCUCCAACGCCGGCGGCGCCGCUAGUAUGCCCUUCCAGCUCCUGGUCAACCUGUCCCAGCAGCGUCUGCAGCUGGCGCCCCCGCCGCACCCGGCCGUUGCCCCCAUCGGCCUUGAGCCCCUGCACGAGGCGAGCAGCAUGGCCUUCCGCGCCCUGGGCCUGGCCACGCAGACGGCUAUCGCGGCGGCCAUCGCGCUCCUCGCGCUCACUGCGCUGCUGCUGGCGACCCUGAUCUGCCGCCGGCGCCGCAGGCGGAAAAAGGCGCCGGGACCACCCGGGGAGGGCGCGCUGUUCGUCAACGACUACUCCGACGGGCCCUGCACCUUUGCGCAGCUCGAAGAGCUCCGCGACGAGCGGGGACACGAGAUGUUCGUCAUCGACCGCUCCAAGCCUUUGUUUGCCGAGAGCCCGGCUGAGGUGACCGAGAGCCUGGCGCCAGGGUCCGCGCAGGGUCUUCCGCUGCAGCCGCCCGCUGCCUACGAGAUCCACUGCUGCGGGGCGGGGCGGGGCGGCGCGCGCUGAUGACGUGGGCCUCGCAGAUUGGCCGGCCAGCGGGCCCACUUCACGCAUGCUCCGUAGUCA